AUAAGAAUCAAAUUAACUCCAGAUGAUUUUCUGGAAAGAUAUCUCUGUCUGAAUUUUGUCUGAAUUUUGUCUGUCGCAGAACCAAAACAAAGGAGACCAUUUCGGACUAAAUUAAGGUUUGGUCUAACUUCAUAAAAUAAAAUCAUGAGGUUUUAAAUUAAUUGGUUCCUAAUAAACAGCUAAACGUUGAUCUUAUGGUCUUUUUAUUUGCGGAAGGUUUUUACCGCCUUUCUUUUUCUGUUCUAAAAACUGACGGUUUUAUAUGUUGACAUCAAGAUUAUUCUGGAAUGGGUAUGAUGGUUAAAUCUUGUAGGCGUUUCUUGGAAGAUGAAACUUAGAUGAACAAAAUUGGUACAGAAUGGAUCAGAAACCAGAAGUCAAAGAAGUUAAGAAAUUUGACAUUGAUGCACAUAGUGCCAGGACAAAGACCCCACUGCCGGGCCUUAGAGACUCAGAUUUGAACCAGGAGGCUCUGCCAUCUGCGAGACACGCAGUCAAAGAAGAGUAUUCUGACUAUGUGAAGCUUGCCAAGUCAGGCGGACAUCAGGGCCUGCUCAAAAUCGAUGGCGCUGCAAAGGAACAAAAUGGCGAUGUACGUCCCCGUUCCAGAAUCAACGACACGGAUUCGGCUUACGUUAAGAUGGCGAAAAUUGGAGGCCAUGCAAAUCUGCUCAAGAUGGACGGGGUUGCAGAGGAAGUACCAACGCAGAAGAAAUUGAUCAAGGAACACGAUUCAACUUACGUAAAAAUAGCAAAGUCCGGAGGGCAUUCCGAUCUCUUGAAAACUAAUGGAGCCCCGGUAGUUGAAUCCCCCAGAAAGAACCAGAUCAAAGAAACUGACUCUGAAUACAUUAAACUGGCCAAAAAGGGAGGGCAUUCAGGUCUCCUCAAAUCUGAUGGAAAGGAAGCGGAAAAUGCUGUAAGGAAAAACAAAAUCAAAGACUCAGAUUCAGAAUAUGUGAGACUGGCAAAAGCAGGAGGACACUCCAAUCUUCUGGCAAGCGAGAGCACAACUCCGAAGGCGGAGUCUUCACUCCCCAGAAGAAGAACCUCUAACGAGGGCAGUGAUUACGUUAAGCUUGCAAAGAAAGGUGGAGAUGCAGACCUCUUGAAGAUGGUUGAGAAAAAGCCGGCUACUCCGAAUCAAAAAUACAAGUCAGCCAGCUCUGACUGGUUCCAGCAUAACGACAAAAGAACUCCAGAGCCAAUCACAACAGGCAAAGGAAAAGGUGCAAGGAAAGACACCAACAACAACAGUAACAGUGUUAUCUUGCCUUCUGCCGAGCCUCAAACUCAGAAGUCUGGAAAACGUUUGUAUCAAGUACAAACAGAUAGAGCUCCAGCCCCUUUCGCUUUACAUUAUUAAGCAGAAAGUUGUUCAAGAACGGAUUGUUUGUUUUGGUUGGCAGCAUAUCCGAAUCUAGCUACAAUUACCAUUAACCGUUGGUUGCCUGCAGCAUCAGAAAUCGUACUUAGUGGUGUUUUAAUUAAGAAAAAAGGUUCGUUAAUAGCAUCAAAAUGUGUUUAAACAUCUACGUAAAAAUAGUGGUUGUUUUGCCUCAUUGAAAGUAUACAUUGAAAGACUAGAAAAUAGUUGUAAAGAUGUUAAUCUUUUCUUCAUAUAGAAAUAGAAAUCAUGCUGUAAAAAAAAUUUAGUUACUUAUUCCCUUUAAAGAGAAUUACCCAAUGCCUACAUUGCAAAUGAACUUUGCACAAUUUUACUAAAUUCUGCAUACAGUUUCAACGUGCCAACAAACCCUCUGUCAAUUUUAGCUUACCUUUGCAGCAAAUUUUGCCUGUUAUUUUAAAUUUCAAACAAUAAUAUGAAAACUUUAGGCCAAAAUGAACCAAUACAAAGAUUAUUCAAAUGACGUUAUCAAAGGGAAUUUCUCAUAUUCUCCUCCACUCAUAAUCCUCUCAUAUUUUAGAACUAUUUCCUUAACACCCAUGUAGGAGCCCGACACUUCUAUCUAAAAGCCUACAUCCAAUUCAGAAAUAAUAUCACAAUUUUUGUUAAAGCCUUUUACAUGCUGUAUUCCGACUUCUCUCCCUAAUAACCUUAGAAAUACUUUUCACUUCUAACUAACGUUUACAGUACACCCCCUUUUGCGUAGGUUUAAAACUUGUCACCCGCAUGGCCUAAGCUAAAGCAUUGCAACGACUGUUUAGGCCAUCCAAAAAACAUCUAUUCUCAGCUCAAUGUUGUUUUUAAACUUAAAUUAGAUUAAGCAAAGCUUCAUAGACUUCUGCUUUAUAAAACCAUAAUGGUUUAUUUAACACAGCUUGAAUAUCCUCGUGUCAACUAGACUUUUUAGCAAUUUUCUGUAAAAUAUUGUACGUUGCAAAACUGUUUUCUGGUGCGUUAGCCAUUUUAUUUUUGUAUAACUUUGGUUUUACGUAUUUAACUACUUACUUAUCUUGAAAAACUGCAGUAAAUUGCUGUUUCGAUUUUGUUCAAUUAUUUUGUUGCCCUUGAUGUUGAAUGAACUUGAAUAAAAAUGUAUAAGAAUGCAUAA